CAAUGAGUAUCGCGCGCGGGGGACGUGUGCGGGCGUCUCCGCCAUCUUGUGAGUCUAUAACUCGGAGCCGUUGAGUCGGUUUCUGCUAUUCCUGCGCCUCCGCUCCGUUCCCCGCGGGUGUCCUCUGUGUGCCAUGGACGGCAUCGUCCCAGACAUAGCAGUCGGUACAAAGCGGGGAUCCGACGAGCUCUUUUCCACGUGUGUCAGCAACGGCCCCUUCAUCAUGAGCAGCUCAACCUCAGCAGCCAAUGGAAACGAUAGCAAGAAGUUCAAAGGUGACAACAGGAGUACAGGAGUUCCUUCCAAAGUCAUCCAUGUCCGAAAACUACCCAGUGAUGUCACUGAGGGCGAGGUCAUCUCCCUGGGGCUGCCCUUUGGGAAGGUUACCAACCUCCUUAUGCUGAAGGGGAAGAACCAGGCCUUCAUUGAAAUGAACACAGAGGAGGCUGCCAAUACUAUGGUUAACUAUUACACGUCAGUGGCGCCAGUGCUUCGUGGGCAGCCCAUCUACAUCCAGUUCUCCAACCACAAAGAGCUCAAAACCGACAGCUCGCCCAACCAGGCACGUGCCCAGGCAGCCUUGCAGGCUGUGAAUUCCGUCCAGUCUGGAAACCUGGCCUUGGCAGCCUCCGCUGCUGCUAUGGAUGCAGGAAUGGCAAUGGCAGGCCAGAGCCCAGUGCUCAGGAUCAUUGUGGAAAAUCUUUUCUACCCAGUGACCCUGGAUGUGUUGCACCAGAUCUUCUCUAAGUUUGGCACAGUCCUGAAGAUUAUCACAUUUACCAAGAACAACCAGUUCCAGGCGCUGCUGCAGUACGCUGACCCUGUGAGCGCCCAGCAUGCCAAGCUGUCCCUAGAUGGCCAGAACAUCUACAAUGCCUGCUGCACGCUGCGCAUCGACUUCUCCAAGCUCACCAGUCUCAAUGUCAAGUACAACAAUGAUAAGAGCAGAGAUUACACUCGACCUGACCUGCCCUCGGGAGACAGCCAGCCUUCAUUGGACCAGACCAUGGCAGCUGCCUUCGGUGCGCCCGGCAUAAUGUCAGCCUCUCCGUAUGCAGGAGCCGGGUUCCCUCCCACCUUUGCCAUCCCUCAGGCCGCAGGCCUUUCUGUCCCUAAUGUCCAUGGAGCCCUGGCCCCCCUGGCCAUUCCAUCUGCUGCUGCUGCUGCUGCGGCUGGCCGCAUUGCCAUCCCAGGGCUGGCAGGUGCUGGGAACUCCGUCCUUUUGGUCAGCAACCUGAACCCUGAGAGAGUCACACCCCAAAGCCUCUUUAUUCUCUUCGGCGUCUACGGUGAUGUGCAACGGGUGAAGAUCCUGUUCAAUAAGAAGGAGAAUGCGCUUGUGCAGAUGGCAGAUGAUGGUGUACUGGGGGAGGGAGACAGACCUUUCCAUUAA